AGGGAGGAAUAGAAAAAAGUUUGAGCACAAAAAAUGCAGAAUACAAAAGAUUUUGAGUUUCUAAGGAAGCUAGUUUGUUGCAUUUUCCUUGUUCCUUUCUUUAUCAUGAUUUGUGCAAGAGGUGAGUUAUCAGAAUCUGAGCCUUUCUUCAAUUUCGUUAAGGCAAUUGAUCCUGAUAAUGUGCUUAACAUUUGCAUGAUUAAUGGGUCAUCACCACAUGAUCCAUGCUUGGUUAAUGGUGUGAGAUGCAACUCAAAUGCUUCCAAUGUUGUAGAGAUAAAGCUUGAAAACUUGAAUCUUAGAGGCAUGAUUGAUGCAGAUCCCCUAUGCAGGCUCCAAAAGCUGAGAGUGCUGAGUUUAGCUAACAAUAACAUCAGAGGAACUAUUCCACACUCAAUUUUGCAUUGUGCAAGGUUGGUGUGUUUGAAUGUAACCAGCAAUCAAUUGAGUGGGAGGGUACCAAAGGCUUUAACAAAGUUGAAAUAUCUUAAGCACCUAGACAUAUCCAAGAACAAUUUUACUAGUAAGAAGGGAAGGGUUCCCCGGACCCCGCGCGUAGUAGGAGCUUUAAUGCACCGGGCUGCCCUAUUUACAGAGUUAAGUCCUGGAAACAAACUCUUAUAUAAAAAACAAGGUAAGACUGCGUAUAGUAGACCUCGUGGUCCGACCCAUCCUGGAACCCCACGUCUAGAAGGAGCUGUAAUGCAUCGGGUUGCCCUUUCUACUCCAAGUAAGAUGGAAAAUGAUACAAAUACAAUGCAACCAACACCAGAUUCUUCAAACAACAAGAAGAGACCAUGGUAUAAGAAUCGUGAAGUCUUGGUGGGGUUAGUUUUGGGAAUUGGAUUGCUUUUGUCAUCACUCUACAUUGCUAUCAUGAAGGUGCCAAAGUUGAAUGAAGAAAUGAAAGGAAUUCACGUAUCUCCACUGAAAAAGGCUAAAAGUGAGGUUCAAGAGGAGAAGCUAAAACAAGGAGAUUCUUCAGAGCUUGUGUUCUUUGUUGAGAAUCAUGAAAGGUUCACUCUAGAGGAUCUACUUAGAGCCAAAGCUGACUUGCAAAGUGAGAGCUUUUGGAGCAGCCUUUACAAGGUGAAACUUGAGAAUAGUAUGGAAUAUGCAGUCAAAAGAUUGAAGAAUUUGCAAGUUUCUUCUGAGGAAUUUGGGGUGACAUUGAAACAAAUUAGUGACUUGAAGCAUCCCAACAUUCUCCCCCUUGUUGGCUACCGUUCUGCCAGUGAAGAAAAAUUCAUCAUUUACAAAUAUCAAAGCAAUGGAAGUCUGCUUAGUCUUUUAAAUGAUUAUAUAGCAGGCAGAAAACACUUCCCAGGGAAACUUCGCCUUAACAUAGCAUGUAGGAUUGCAAGGGGUUUGGCCUUCAUGCAUCGCAAAUUGGAUGGAAAAGAAGCCAUUCCUCAUGGAAACAUUAAACUCUCAAACAUCCUACUCAAUGACCAAAAUGAACCACUGAUAAGUGAGCAUGGGAUAUCAAAAUUCUUUGACCCAAACAGAGGAUUCCUCUUCUCCUCUCAGGGAUACACAGCUCCAGAAAAGAGUUUAACAGAAAAAGGUGAUGUCUACAGCUUUGGAGUGAUUCUCUUGGAGCUUCUAACAGGAAAAAGCAUUGAAAUCAGUAGAAUAGACCUUGCAAGAUGGGUUAGGUCCAUGGUGAGAGAGGAAUGGACAGGGGAAGUUUUUGACAAGGAGGUUAGAGAAAAUGAACAACAUGAAUGGGCGUUUCGUUUGUUGAACAUUGCUCUCAUGUGUGUGUCACGUUUCCAAGAGAACAGGCCAAGUACUAAGGAGAUUUUGGAAACCAUGGAAGAGGUGAUGGAUGAACAAGAACAAGAACAACAGAAGGAACGUUCUGGUUCUUCAAAAUGCUGCUCUGGUGGAUCCAACCAAGGUUGUUGUUCUCUUCACCAAAUCAUACCUGAUACAUGGGAUUCUCCAGGAUCAAACUACUGAUUUUCAUGCUCCACCACAUGAGAUUUAUUUAUCAUUUGAGCAUGAAUGUCAUAAGAAUUGCCUUGUGGCGUGAUGAGAAUACUCUCAUGCUGGAAAAACUUCACGACAUUGUCAUGUUGUGAUUUUGUGUCUAUCUCUAUCUUCAUAUGUGUUAAAUAGAUGGAUGCGACUGGUGACCUUUAGAUAAGGUUUUACGUGACAAUAUGUUACGUGACAUGAGAAGAUAGAGGUCCCUUUGUGACCGCCACUGGUAUCAUCUAGGAGAUAAACAUGUGGUCCCUUUGUAGUUUUGAGCUUAAUUAGAUUCUUGUUGUAAUCUUUUGCGUCUUAAUAUGAAUUUUGUUUAACUGCUAUACAUUUGCAAUGUAAACAUGUCAAUCUUUUUCUCUGCA